GGGGGGCGAGAACAGCGGAGGAGGCGUCGGAUUUCAGUACGCUGGACAGCGACCCGUACUUUACUGCAGGAAAGCCGGACCGGAGGGGGACCUGUUCGAACAUCACGGGAUCCCUGUCGCUCGACACGAAGACAGAAUUGAAGUUGUCAGACCUCGCGGCUUCUCGCCACAUUUUGUCCAUUUUCCGUUUUUCACGUUUAGCGGGAGUAAGCUUGGUGGAGCCGCAGUUGCUUGCUUUGUGCAGCAUCUUCAUCUCCCUGCUCUAAUUAUUUUACUCUAAUUAGAACACCUCUUUCCGCACCUUGCUGACUAUCCGUUGCAUAUCCAACUGUUGAUGCAAAAUCUGGAUGCAGCUAAUUGUUACAUUUGAUUACUGAUGUUAUGGUGGGCUGAGAUCCAUUAUCAUGUUGGAAAAUCUCAAGUUUUCUAGUUUGAGUGUGACCUGCGGCACAUUUUAAAACAUCACUAUUUCAUCUUUUGUAUUCAUUUAUGCUUUCUGAUGGCAUUUUGAUUCCUUCCUCUCUGGAUUUCUGUUGAGAAUAGGCACGCUUAGGCGAACGCGCUCUGAAGUUGUUUUGUGGACAUAACCUUCUGAUCAAGAUGAAGUUCCCCCACGACUUCUUGAAUUGCACUUAGACUAGAGACGGGGAUCGAGCGAAGACCCGCAGGCAGAGCCGCGUUCGCUUCCCAGGAGCUUCUCCUGAAUCCGCCGUCUUUCCCAUCAAUGCAAUCUCAGUUGUUCCGGACCCCAGUAUAAGGUAGCACUAUUUUCUAAUUCACCAUUUUUUUUUACAACCUUCACGCCGAAAUGAAGAAGUUUCGAAAGGUUCUGGACGGACUGACCACCUCCUCUCCGGUGAACGUCGGCGGCGUCCCGCUGUGCAGCAGCGCGGCCGGCACUCCGACCGCAGCGCCCACUCCCAGAGACAUAGAGGUGGCGGAAACACUCGUGUCUGAGAACUUUCAGAUCUGCAAGACGGUCCGCCAUGGAUUCCCAUACCAGCCCACUGCCCUGGCAUUUGACCCUGUUCAGAAAAUCCUUGCCAUAGGGUCUCGAACAGGUGGCCUACGAAUACUGGGACGACCAGGAGUGGACUGCUACUGCCAACACGAGAGUGGAGCUGCUGUCCUUCAGCUACAAUUCCUUAUCAACGAGGGGGCUCUCGUCACAGCCUGUGCAGAUGACACACUCCACCUCUGGAACUUGCGACAGAAGCGGCCAGCUAUUUUGCAUUCACUCAAAUUCAACAGAGAAUGCAUCACGUUCUGCCACCUCCCAUUCCAGAGCAAAUGGCUGUAUGUGGGCACGGAGCGUGGGAAUACACACAUCGUCAACGUCGAGUCCUUCGUCCUGUCUGGAUACGUCAUCAUGUGGAACAAGGCCAUCGAACUAUCAACUAAAACUCAUCCUGGACCUGUUGUUCAUCUGAGCGACUGCCCACGGGAUGAAGGCAAACUCCUGAUUGGGUUUGAGAGUGGCACAGUAGUACAGUGGGACCUCAGAACAAAGAAAGCUGACUUUCGGAUCUAUUACGAUGAGGCCAUCCACUCAGUGAGUUGGCACCACGAAGGAAAGCAGUUCAUGUGCAGCCAUUCAGAUGGCAGUCUCACCACGUGGAACCUGAGAAACACCUCUAGACCCUUCCAGGUUGUCUUCCCCCAUGGUAAGGCCCAGAGGGAUGGAAGAAAACCUGAAUCGUGUAAGCCCAUACUGAAAGUGGAAUACAAAACCUCGAAAAGCGGUGAGCCCUUCGUGAUCUUCUCUGGGGGACUGUCCUAUGACAAGGCCAGCAGGAGACCUGCUCUGACCAUCAUGCAUGGCAAGGCCAUCACUGUUCUGGAGAUGGACCAUCCUAUCGUGGAGUUUCUGGUUCUCUGUGAGACACCAUAUGCUAACGAAGUCCAAGAGCCAUAUGCAGUGGCAGUUUUGCUGGAGAAGGACUUCAUUGUGGUGGAUCUUACACAGAGCAACUACCCCAUUUUCGAGAACCCUUAUCCCAUGGACAUUCAUGAAUCUCCAGUUACCUGCACAGCAUAUUUUGCAGAUUGCCCUCCUGAAAUCAUCCCUGCCCUCUAUUCCAUAGGUGCCAAACACAAAAAACAGGGCUACAGCCAUAAGGAAUGGCCAGUGAGUGGAGGCACAUGGACGCUGGGUGCUCAGACCUACCCUGAGAUCAUCAUCACAGGGCACGCAGAUGGAUCAAUCAAGUUUUGGGAUGCUUCUGCCAUCACCCUCCAGAUGCUGUACAAGCUGAAAACUUCAAAGGCUUUCGAGAAGCCAAAGGCAGGGGAGGUGCGGGCUGUGGAACUGGUGGAGGAGGACCCCUUCGCCGUGCAGAUGGUCAGCUGGUGCCCCCACAGCCGCCUCUUCUGUGUGGUGGGCAUAUCCGCCCACCUCAUCCUAUACCGCUUCAGCAAGUAUGAUGUCACCACUGAAAUCGCUGCUCUGGAAGUGCGUCUGCAGUGUGAUAUAGAGGAGACCAUCUCUCCGUCAGAAGCCGAACCUAAUGCUGGUCUCACAGAUCCAAACCUGCAGUCACCCCAGCACCCCCCGGGAAGCCCAGGAUGUGCUACCCCCGAGGGCAUUCGGGAUAGCAUCCCCUGUCUCCGAGUGAAGAACCGACCAGUGCGUAUGCCCCCAGGAUAUCAGGCUGAGCUGGUUGUGCAGCUCCUAUGGGUUGAUGGGGAACCUCCACAACAAAUCACCAGUCUGGACAUAAACUCUGCCUAUGGCCUACUGGCUCUGGGCAACUGCAAUGGGUUGGCUGUGGUGGACUAUAUUCAGAAGACAGUCCUGCUCUGCAUGAGUACGCUGGAGCUGUAUGGGUCCAGUGACCCCUACCAGAGGCUCACCCGCUCUCCCCGCAAGAGCCGACAGUUUGCUGCAGGUUCGGGUUCUGGUGCUGGUGCUGGUGCUGGUGCUGGCUACUGUCCAACUUCUACUCCUCUCUCCACUCACUCCACAGACAACAUUUGCAUGCGCGGCCUGUCUAACUUUUAUUCAGAUUCAAAGAAAAGGAUCCGUACCUCUUACCAGAGCCUUACGGAACUAUCAGACAACCAGGUUUCCUUGGAGCUGGAACGGAGCAGGUCGCCCACAUCAGAUCAUGUCAAUGGACAUUGCACUAGCCCCACCUCCCAGCCCUACAGCGCUGGCAGGCCUCGCCUCCCCUGCCCCGAAGGGCCCAAGCUGAGCCGCCGUGGGCCCAGCCGACCGCCCUUCCGAAAGGCCCAGUCCGCCGCUUGCAUGGAGGUCUCGUUGCCUGCUUCCCACACGGAAGGCUGUGCUUCCAGGCGGGCAAUGCUUCAGCAAUUGCACGGAUUCAGUAUGUACUCGCACGAUGAGCAGCACACCACCGCGUACACCUGGAACGAGAGAGAGAGCCGCGAGAACUCGUUCAGCCGCUCCCGCAGCUCCAGCGUCUCCAGCAUUGACCGUGAGACCAAGGAGGCGGUCACUACGCUGCGCUUCAUGGAGUCCUACGCCCGUAAGGUGGAUGCCGUGUCCUCGCCGUGCCUAUGGGUGGGCACCAGCCUUGGGGUCGUGCUUGUCAUUGCCCUCUCCAUCCCCAUGGAUGAGGAGGAGCGCCAGGAGGAGCCCGUCACAGUGAUGCCCAGCGGUACAGUGCUUAUGCUGAAAGGCUCAGUCCUGACGUUUGGCUCUUUGGACUGUUCUGGAGGCCUGAUCUCCAACCCUUAUGAGGUGUGGCGGGACCCCCACGCCCCCGAAGACCCGGAUUGCCCCCGCAGGCGCAAGCUGGUCAACUUCUCCCCCUCAUCGUCACAGGAUGCAGCCGGGGAGGGACACCUGGUCGUAGUGUGCUCAGAGAAGCAAGCCAAGGUGUUCCUCAUGCCGGCACAGACCCGCCUCUACGUGCACCACAUCACCGAGUCCUCCUUCGUCCUGCGUGCCGACGUGGUGUCUGUCUGCAACAGUGUCUGCCUGGCCUGCUUCUGUGCCAACGGGCAUGUGAUGACCCUCAGCCUACCCAGCCUCAGGCCCCUGCUGGAUGUGAACUACCUUCCACUGACGGACAUGCGCAUCGCCCGGACAUUCUGCUUUGCCGAUGGUGGACAGGCCCUCUACUUGAGCUCCCCCACUGAGAUCCAGCGUAUCUCCUAUACGCAAGAAAUGUGUGAUAGCCUGCAGGAUAUGCUGGGGGAACUGUUCACACCUGUUGAGACCCCCGAGGCGCAGAACAAGGGUUUCCUGAAAGGCUUCUUUGGAGGCAAUGCACAGACAUUUGACAGGGAAGAGCUGUUUGGUGAGGCUGCAGCAGGCAAGGCCUCUCGGAGCCUGGCUCAGCAUAUUCCAGGCCAGGGCAGCAUAGAGGGCAUGAAGGCAGCUGCUGGAGGGGUGGUGGGAGACCUGGCCAGGGCUCGCCUGGCAGCUGAGGAGAGGGGACAAAGGCUGGGGGAGCUGGAGGAGCGCACCGCCCUCAUGAUGUCCAGUGCGGAGAUGUUCUCCAAACAUGCUCACGAGCUAAUGCUGAAAUACAAGGACAAGAAGUGGUACCAGUUUUGAAGCUCGGAGGUGCCGACCUGCUGCUUCCCCGCAAAGUGAAGCAAAAGUGUGUGGAACUCCGCUCGACAGUGAGGGAAAGGGGCAAGACUGACUUCCUUUUUGUGCGCUUCCUGCCUACAGUAUUCCUUGCCAGAGCCUUCACUUUUGGGAGGAGCUGAGAGUCAGAGGGUGGUAGGUGGUGGUGAGACGGACACAGAGCGUUCAAGAUUCAUGCAGUGUCCUCCCCUCGGUUCCCUGCCCAUGCUGGAUUUCUGGAAACCCCCAUGAUGGGACCCUCUCCCCAAAACACAACUCAAAUCAUGCUGUGAGGAUACUCCUUAUGCUAAGAAAAUAAAACAGAUUGCAUGAAAUGAAAAGGUUGAAUUAUACAUCAUAAAACUGCCAUAAGAAAAGCAGCAUGUGACUUUAAAGAAAAAAAAAGUUUUAUUUAAUAUUGUAGGCCUAUUAUGGGAAAUAAAAACUUUCUAUUUUUUGAGAUAGUAAAAAGAAAAAAAGGUUUAAAAAAAUAAAACUAAAAAAAUGUGUACCCGCAUUGCUAAAAAAGGCCAAAAUAAUCCAGGUCUUUAUUUAUUUAUUUAUUUAUUUAUUUUUGUUUUUAUUUCCUAAGAACUUAUGCUUUAGACACCUCCACAUCUUCUUCUCACAGUAUCUAAUCAUUCUUCAUUUUCAGUAUUAGAACUACCUACAAGAUGGAAAAACAGUUAAAAACCGAAUUCCCCUGAACUGAACAGCAUUGCUGAGACUCAUAUUCACAUAUUCAGUAAAAUGAGAGAACUGUCAAAGCUCAGGUCUUAGA